AUGUUUUCUGAAGCAUCACAUGAAAAUUUUGUUCCUUUAUUAUUUGAUGUUCCAUCUCGAAGUUUUUCUUCUUCAAGUCUUUUGGUAUUAAAAAAUAUCAAGGUUCAACAUUUCUCACAGUUACUUUAUGUUUUUGAUGGUCGUUUUAGUCAACUUCAUACACUCAUUAUUGAUUUGAUUAACAAUGUUUUGUCAACAGAUUUAAUUGAAAAUAAAUGUUUUGUUCUAUCGUGUGCUUGGGAAAUAUCACAUUAUAAAGAAUUACUUCUGCCACUUAUUUAUCGAAUGUCAAAUAUAGAAAAACUUGGUUUAUAUCUUACGAUUUAUGUUAAUGAUAAAUUUAUUGAUGGAAAUGAUUUAAAGAAAAAUAUUAUCAAUCGUUUACCACAGUUAAAUGUAUUUACAUUGGACAUUCGUUCACUUACGUUUAUUAAUAAUCAAAUUGAAAAAAAAAAGGGUCAAUGUCAUGUUUUUUCAUAUCCAUCUGAAAUGCCAUAUUAUCAAAAGAUAACAAACAAUUUUCCAGGUGGAUUAUAUCAAUAUGUUCGUUUUAUAUCAUUAUAUGAUGAAUAUUCUUUUGAACAUGAAUUUUUUAUUAAAAUUUCUCAAUUAUUUCCAUUUAUGGAAAAAUUAUCUUUAAUUAAUCAUCAAUCACAAAAACAUAAACAAUCUUAUAAAUCAAUAAAUGAUAAUUAUAAUUCAACAAUUGUUAAAUAUAAUUAUCUUAUUGCACUUGAUAUUGAAGAAGUUCAUGAUGAUUAUAUAGAAGAAUUUUUAUUUAAUACAAAAACAUAUUUUCAUAAUAAUAUUCUUAUUUAUAUCAAUUAUAAAUCAUUAGAAAGAGUAACACAUAAUUUUACAAGAGAUGUUACACGAAUUAAUUGUGCUAAAAUAAAUGAAAUUUUUUUAUUCGGAAAAAAAAAUUAUUCCAAUUCUUUACGAGAUUAUUUUUCGUGUGCAAUAAUACAUUAA